AUGCCGGCAAAUUACCUCGAGCCCCAACGGCUGCGCCUCCCCUCCGAUGUGCUGGCCGUGGUUGUUGACGGUGCUUUCGACCAGAGGAUACCGGGUCCAGAUUAUGGCACGUAUCCCGGCAUCGAGGGUUGCACCGAGAGGUAUGUGGGCUGGAAGUACGAAGAAAUUGAGAUGCUGGUCAACACGUACGACGAGGCCCAUCAGUAUCCCUUGAGCGAGAUCGAAUACAAGCGGCCGCCGCUUAGCGGGCCCAUCAGGUUUGAGCCUACGCCUUUCUAG